AUGUCACAUUUAUUUAAUGACGAUGGAGAUUCUUCAGAUGAAAACACGAAUUUCAAGACAGAAAACGAGUAUGCCAAAAAGUACGAUGCUUGGAGGCAGAAAGAGGAACUGAACAAACUCAAGACGAAAUAUGGUGAAGAUGUGUUAGAUAAAGGCGAGGAUUCCUCGAGUUCUUCCUCAGACGACGAGGAAGGCAUUGAAUUAACUAAAGAUGUGGAGAGAGACUUCUUUAGGACGUUGUCUUGCUUAAAAAACAAGGAUCCCCGGAUAUACAACAACGAUGUUAAUUUCUUCCAAGAAAGCACCGAUAUCAAAACUAAGAAGAACAAGAAAGAUAAACCGAUGUUUAUAAAAGAUUACGAGCGUAAUCUCAUCUUGGAAAAAGGUGGAAUAUUAAGCGAUGAAGAAGAAGACUUGGAAACUCCACAGUCUCUUACGUAUAACGAAGAGCAGAGGAAGAUUAAAGACAGCUUCAAGAAUGCACUGGGAAACAGUGAUGAUGAAGGAAAUGAUAAUAACUGGGGAGGAGUUUUUAAGAAAAGGGAAAAAACAAAGGAGGAAAUUGAUAAAGAAGAAAGCGAUUACAAAAAAUGGCUUGCUGGUGAAAAGGCUUCAUUAGAAGACGAAGCUGUAGUGAAAGAUUUGAAGCCUCUAAAAGAAUAUUGGAAUGAUCCCAACCUAGACAAAGGAGAGAAGUUUUUAAAGGACUACAUUUUAAACAAAAGGUAUUUAGAUAAUGAAGAUGAAAAUUAUGUGCCUACAUACGAUGAAAUAAUUCACGACUCUGAUCAAGAUUUAUCCAAUGACGAGGAAAUUUUGAGUAAACAGGAAGAGUUUGAACACAAAUACAAUUUUCGAUUUGAAGAACCAGAUCAAGAGUUUAUUAAACGGUAUCCUAGAACUAUGGAAAAUUCAGUAAGAAGAACAGAUGAUAGAAGAAAGGUAAAGAGACAGGAAGUUAAAGAAAGGAAAAAGGAGGAAAAAGAGCAGAAGAUGCAAGAACUUAAGAAAAUGCAAGAGUAUAAGAGAAAAGAAAUCGAAGAAAAGUUGGAAAAGCUCAAAGAAAUAACCGGAAAUGAGACUUUAGGAUUCAAUGUAUGUUAUUCAACACACAUUUUAUUUGUACUAAUAAAAAAUUUACAGGAUGAUGAUAUCGAUGGAGAUUUCGAUCCUGAAGAACACGAUAAGAAAAUGCAAGCUUUGUUCAACGAAGAAUUCUAUGCAGAACCGGAAGAUGACCAAAAACCAGAAUUUCCAGAUUUAGAUGAAGAACUUGAAAUCGAAAAUUGGGAACGUUACACGCCAAAACCAGAAGACAACGAACCUCAUUGUGAAGACGACGACUUCAAUAUGGACUGUGAAUAUGAUCCUCAUCAGGCAAACGAUAGCACUACUGCAGAUGAUGAAUCUAAAGGAAGAAGGAAGAAGAAACGAAAAUCAAAGUUCGCAAAAGCUGUCAGUAAGCCCAAACCAAAAUUCGAUCCCACUGAUGCUCAAUUUGAAAAAUAUUUCGAUGAAUAUUAUAAAUUGGAUUGCGAAGAUAUAAUUGGAGAUAUUCCAUGCCGUUUUAAGUACAGGAAAGUGGUGCCUAAUGAUUUCGGCUUAACAACAGAAGAGAUUUUACUAGCGAAUGAGAGGGAGUUGAAUAAAUGGUGUUCUUUGAAAAAAGCUGUACAAAUUAGGUCGGACGAGGUGGAAAAAUAUGAACAAAUUGCAUACAAGAAGAAAGGGCAAAAUAUCAAUUUAAAACAGAAAAUUCUGCCCAGUCUCUUUUCUAACACUCCAGAAGAAAAUUCACAGAAUGGUGAAAGUAGUGUGACCAAAAAAGAAGAAACAUCAUCGGUGAUUCAUAAAUCUGAACCAAAAGAAAAUUCUGAUUCAACUAAGGAAUUAACAGAAACACAAAAUAACGGAGAGACGAGCAAAAUUACGAAGAAAAAGAACAAAAAUAAUAAGAAAGCUGUAAAAAUAGAAGAUACAAAUCAAAACGACCAAACUUCAGCCGAUCCAAACAGCAAUAAGAGAAAAAGGAAUUCUAAUGAAACCGCAGAAAUUAAAAAUAAGAAAAGGAAAAGAUUUAAUAAAGAAAAAGAUGCCAAGUUGCCAAUAUCAGAUGCAAGGUUAUCAGCGUACGGAAUUAACCCUAAGAAAUUUAAGAAUAAACUCAAGUAUAAGAAAUCUGAAGCUAAAUAA